AUGAAAGUCGUCCAAGCCCCAGUGGUGGCUUCGGCCUUUCUUUUUCUUUUUCAUUUACCUGCUGAUGCUAUAAAGGUGAGCAAUGGUACUCAUCAAGAGGCGCUGCUGCCAACAUCAAUGGCGGAGAUGAAGGCCGAGGCGGAGGCUCUCCAUACCAUUGAAUUAGCUCUAUCUGAUUCGGGUGUUGGUGACAGCAGCAGCAGCAGCAGCAGCAGCAGCAACAGGGAGAUGCAGCGGGAGAUAUUAAAGGCUGUACAGCCUGCAGUUCAAUCAUUAUUGAAGGCAACAGCUAAUUCAAUUCGUCCUCAAUUAAAAGAUGAAUGCGAACGAAUAGUUGAGGAUUUAGCUCAGCACCAUGAUGACGAAGCAGCAGAUGCAGAAGUUGAAGGCCUAGAUUUCUCCUUCACGGAGGUGCAGCAGCAGCAGCAGCAGCAGCAGCAACAGCAGCAGCAGCUGCAGCAGCAGCAGACUGCCCGUUUCUGGGAAGGAUUAAAGAAGAAUUUAGGGGGAUUAAUGCGUUUUGCCUCUCCUCUUAUAGACAAGGCAAUGGAUAGAAUAAGACCAGUUAUAGAGAAAUUAGGAGAAAAAGCUGCACCUGUAUUCGCUAUGUAUAUAAGACAAUUAUUAAGAGAUGCAUGUAAUGAAGCAGAAGAACAUGCAGGGGUACAAUAA